AUGGGGAGGAAGAAGAAAGGGAAUUGGAGGAUACCCAAGAUUUUAUGGACAAUCUACAAAGACAAAGCAAGAAGCUUAGCCACCACCAUUACUUCUCUAAUCCCUCGCCUUCCGCCGCCUUCCCUGAAACCUUUUUCGGUUGCUUGCCGCUGCCAUGGCCGUUCUUGUCUUCAAUGUUGUGAAGAUCCCAUGUCUUUUCUCCUUCGACCUGAUGACCCUUUGCAUUACAAAAAGCUCCUCAAUAACUGCUUUGUUGUCGUUGAUGAUAAUGCUCCUUUUCUUGAGUACUAUCCUGAUCGACAUUGGUCUCAAAAACAGAUUGUUCAAAAGGUCGUGGAGAUGAUGUUAGCUCAAAGACCCAAGUCUAGUAAUUUGCUAUGCGCUGGAUAUAACAGGGCAAAUGGGAGUUAUUUCUUCUUUUGUUUGGAUGGAUUGUUAGAAGGAAAUGGAGGGGGAAAAGUGGGGCAAUCGAUGAAUCUUAAUCUCUUGCCUUCCCACCUUUUCAAACUAAAACGAUUGAGCAUGAAUGUAGAGGUCUUGACAUCUCAAGCAUGGGAUAUUUUCCUUGAAAGGGUCGGGGAUGGGUGCAUGGUUUAUCUACUUCGGCAUACAUCAAUAUUUCUGCCCCUUUCUGACAAGAAACACCUUCAAGUUGCCGGUUCUCCUAUCAAUAAUCUAUGCAAGAAGCUGUCGAAAAAUGAAAUAAAACCACAAUCUGGAAUUGUAAAGAAAAGGAAACUAACUGAAAAUAGCAAUUCAGUAUCAAAGAGGCAGCAAUAUAUUCCUCCUCCCGUUUGUGACAUUUCCUCAAACUCAGUUGAUUGUGCGAAUUCACAAACUGGAGAAGCUGUUGCCAAGUCUGAUGAAGGUUCAAGUGGAGAACUUAAAAUUUGCUCAAGUCCAACUGCAGCAAAGCAUAAGAAGUUUAGACUAUUUCAUUGGAAACGCAACAAGAAGCGCAGACUACUAAACACUCCAGAAAACAGAGAAGAGACCAUCCUCCAAACUGUUUCUUCUGAUGCAAAUUGCUUACCUGGGGGUCUCAAGUGCCCUGUCAACACAAAUCAGAUGCCGGUGCACUGUUCUUGUUAUUUGAUGCUAAAAGCUCCCCACUCCAAGUGUCUCAUGGAGAAUAUCUUUGGUUUAUCUGAUGCAAAUGCAUGUUGGCAACAAAAUUUAUCAACAAUGCUAGAAAUUGUUCCAUUUAUAUACACUAAUGGAUCUCUUGACCUGGCGUAUGAACACUGCAGAAAGGGGUAUCACUCGUUUCUUAAGUUGCUGAAGAAGCUCAUACGCAGAAGCAGACGUUUCAAGCCCUCAAAAUUGUUGGAGAAGUAUUGUCCUCUACCAUCUCUAGAUCAAAAGGUAAUGGGAAAUUCAAUCUCAGUAGCUGAGAGCAAUGUAAGAGUGCUCGAGCAAUUUUAUGGAGUUGGUGCCAAAGGGAACAACAACAUUCUGGAAGCUGAUAAUAAAAAGCUUGAAUCAAACGGGUCUUAUUGCUUACACAGCCAGGUGCCAAAGAAUGGCACGGGGCAGAAGUCCGGGGAAGCAAGUUGGAGCUUGCGUGGUGUUAAACAUAAGCUUUUAGUUAACUGGAUUUUCUGGUUCUUUUCAUCUUUUGUGGUGCCAUUGGUGCAAGCCAAUUUCUAUGUCACUGAAAGCGAGCAUGGCAAGCUAGAUGUUUUUUAUUAUCGCAAGCCAGUUUGGGAGAAGUUGACAGACCAUUCCAUUACUGGCUUGAAAGAUCAGAGCUAUCUUGAACUUGAUGAGGCUGCUGUUAGAGCUAUAAUAGACAAAAGACAAUUUGGGUUUUCAAGGCUGAGGCUUUGCCCAAAACAGAAUGGAGUUAGAAAGCUGGCAAAUCUUAAAGCGUCCUCAAGAUUGCCAGGAAGAUUCUCCUCGAAACAUAAGUGUCCUUGGAUGCAGAAAAGUUCAAGAGCAUGUUCUAGGAAAAAAUACAAUCGUUUUAAGUCUGUGAACUCUGUUCUUCGUGGUACACAUGCAGUUCUUAAAGGUAUACUGUUGAAAGAACCAGAGAAGUAUGGGUCCUCAGUGUUUGACUAUAAUGAUGUCUAUAGAAAGUUAUCUGUGUUUCUAAUCACUCUAAAGAGUGGACUUAAAACUAUGCCUAGUGUAUUUGUUGUAGUUGCUGAUGUUUCAAAGGCAUUUGAUUCUAUCUAUCAGGAUAAGCUACUUGGUAUAAUGGAAGAUGUUGUUACAAAAGAUGAAUAUAGUCUAGACCAGAUUAAUCAAGUUGUCUGUUCAAACAAAUGUUUGUGGGAUCGCGAGAAUCUCACGUUGGUGGAUGAGACAGUUAAUACUGGUUUUGCAAACUUAAUGUCUUCUGUCCCGUUUCGGUCAUUGCCUGGUGUUUUUGUUAAUCAGGGUAGCAGCAGAAUAAUUUUAAGGGAAGAGCUGUUUUCUAACCUAUAUGAGCAUGUAAAGCGCAACGUGCUUCUAUUGGAUAAGAAGUUUUACUUGCAAGGAAUGGGGAUACCUCAAGGAAGUGUGCUAUCCACUUUGCUCUGCUCAUUAUAUUAUGGGCACAUGGAAAAGCAUGUGAUCUCUCCAUAUCUUGAGAAAACUACUGAAGAUGCUGCCAAAGAUAUAGACAGACUGCGUAUUCUUUCUGAUUCCUCAGUGGAUGAGCAUUCCUCACAUGCCUUUGUCUUUCCCCCAACUUAUUUGCUUGUACGAUUCAUUGAUGAUUUUCUUUUCAUAUCAACUUCGAAAGAGCAGGCCAGUGGUUUCUUGUCCAUGAUGCUUCAAGGGUUUCCAGAUUACAACUGCUACAUGAAUGAGGAAAAAUUCUGUUUUAAUUUUGACAUUGAAUGUCAAUCUGGUCUGUUAUCGAACCGGGUUUAUGUGGUUGAUAAUCGUACCUCAUUUCUUCGAUGGAGUGGUUUGCUUAUAAACUGUAACACUUUGGAAAUUCAGGGUGAUUAUACAAGGUAUCUGGCUAACCACUUAAGUUCCACUCUUACUAUCCACUGGCAAGGUAAACCGGGUAAUCGUCUAAGAUGGAAGCUGUAUAACUUCAUGAAACCUAGGUGCCAUCCUUUGUUCUUCGAUUCAAAUAUCAAUUCUGCAUCUGUCGUCAGAUUGAAUGUCUAUCAAGCUUUUCUCUUGUGUGCAAUGAAGUUCCAUUGUCAUGUCUCUGAAAUGUCAUAUAUCUUCAAACCUCGUCGAAGAUACUGUUUGAAAAUGAUUGAAAAAUCCUUGAGGUACAUGUACCGGCUGAUAAAGAAAAGGAUGUGUUCUACUCGUAUCGGUCCAGGCAAGUUUCCAGUUCUUAAACUGAUGAAGGAAGAAGUUGUAUGGCUUGGAUAUCAUGCUUAUAUUGAGGUAUUGAAGAGAAAACAGUCGAGGCAUUCGGGAUUGCUGUCUUUGCUCAGGUCUAAGUAUUUCAAUCAUAAACUCACCGGGAUUGUCUCAUCUGAAUUAAGAUAUGCAGUUGAAAGAUCACAUUCCUCUUCCUUGUGGAAAAUCAAGUACUAG